CGGUCCUGAUGCCUACAGCCCCGGCCAUUGCUAGCCCUUGCGGAAGGAGUAGUAGUAGUGGGGCAGCGUGGCAGCGGCGACAGCGAGUAUGCAGAUUACAGUUGGCCAUCCGACCGGUUGCUGGAGCACCGGCAGAAACCGGUGGGCGCAUGGGAGCACAUCCGGAAAAUUCCUCUACAUAAAUAUUCUGCUCGUACUGCUGCUGCACAACGCUCUUUUUGUUGGUGGACUGCGCAAAGGCAAGCUGGUACUGCCCAGCUCCUACACCGCGCUCGGGGACGAUCUGGACGUGCAGCUGCAUGCCGAUCCGCUGGAGCUGGUCACGGUGGACCGGCUGAGGUUGGAAAUAUCGCGCCACCUGCCGGGAUCGGGCGGAAUCGUAGCGACCACGCUGGACAUCCGUGUGGACGUGAACCACAACGUGACACAGAUCAAGGUACCAUGCUAUCACUUCCUGCACGGUGGCCAUUACGAGCUGGCUGUGCUGGAGGAGAACGCAAGCCAUACCCGGUUGGGCCAGGUGAUGGACGAGCGAUUGCGACAACCGCUGGACGUUAGUUGGCCCUCGGUACGAUUGGCCAUCGCACCGAACCGCACGGACACCUACCCGGAACAGAAGAUCCAAGGCAUGCUGGAAUUCCCGGACGUUCGCUGUCAACUUCCCGCCCACGGCGUGGAUGAGCUUGAUCUGCCCGAGCUGUGGCUGGAACUGUUCUACUGCGGCAAGUCGGUAGACUCCUGCAGUCACGGCAACAACUCUCAACCCUUCUCCAGAGCCCAAGUCCUCUAUACGGAACAGGUCCGCGGACUACCCCGCAACAGAGUGAUCGAUUUUCGGUGCGAUCUCUUCGGGCUUGCAGGGUUCUACGGGUUGCAUCUGAAAUCGCGAACCGGCGAGCAGGAGGACGCAACAAUGGCGCCACUGUUGCAAGUCCGUGCCCUACUGCAAGCCGACUGGAGCAAGCAGUACGUUUUCACCGUGCACACGAGAAGCAUUUUCCCCUGUGAUCCACACGGUUCGGGUAUACGGGUAUUGUUCCAAUAUCCGGCCUGCAUCCUGAACCAAGCUGACCGGGUACGGGUGUACGCUAAGCUGCGGGCGGAUGUCCUCUCGCUGGCCCCACCAACUUCGCUGCAUUAUAUAGCGGAGCAGCGUGUCACCAAGGGGCAACACUCGCUGUACUUUGAGUGUGAUCUGUUCUACGAGAAGUUCGUCGAGUACUGCUUCGUGUACGUCAGCCAGGCAAUAUCGGGCGCGGUCGCGGACAUACGGAUGGACUGCGUACCAACGCUUCCGGUGUCGGCUUCCGAUUCCGGUGGAUGGGGACCCUGGAGCAACUGGACGCACUGCUCGACAACAUGCCGCGGUGGCAUAAGAAAUCGCUAUCGAUUUUGUGACUCGCCCCCACCACGGUACGGUGCAAAGUUUUGCGAGGGUCCAUCGGUGCAGACGGAACGUUGCGGGUUGGACACGUCCGGAGAUUCUUGGGAGUGUAUGUUCAGCCCCGCAAUCGGUGGCAUCAACCUGCCACUGGAGAUCGAAGACGUUAAUACGGAGAUCGGACCAGGAUGUCGAUGUGGCUGCGUGAUUCAUCUGGGGAUGGUGAAACCGAAACGGUUGCUUGGGUCGUCCUCACACAGCUGCCCGGACCGAAGUCUGUGGCUGAUAAAGGGAGAUGACGGUUGCCGCGUGCGCAUGUCGAUCGAUUUCCAAAAAUUUCCCUGCGAUGGCCAGUGGCUCAAGAUACGGGAUGGUGAUUCGGUCGCCGACGAGCUUUUGCUGCAGUUUGGCGCUGACAGGGCAGUUGAAACCUCCAGUGCAAUGGCGGAAGCGACUGGCAACAUGCUGUUGGUGGAGUUUUUCUCGCGCAAAACUGACCAGUACGAUGAGGCAUGUAAUGCGGGAUUUUUGGGUCAGGCGGAACAAAUCAAAUUAGCACACACAGCACUUCAACCCACGGAAAAUAGUACUUCGAUGGCGAGUAAGGUGAUAAUGCCGAUUGUGGCUGGAUUGCAGAGUUAUGCAAGCUUUACGAUAGCACACGUUUGUGCCAUAGUGUUUAUUUGUUUCAUCGUUUUCGUGAGCUUCCUCCUCGUGGUGCAGUACAUCUUCCGGUAUCGGAAGUACGAGCUGGCCACAAGCCGGAUGGAGGCAGCCGAUUCGCCAGCUCAUACACUGUUCGGUUCGAGCCAAUCGAUCGAACAGGGCGCUCCGAUUCAACCCCGCUCGCGAGCGGUCUCCACAACGACCCUCAUAUCGGAAAUUGUGUCCUACGUAAAGUUGCGUCCACGGGUGACGACCUCCAUUCGGCACGAGCGCUUCCGGGAGAGCGUGGAGUACGCACUUGAGUCCACGAAUAGUCGCUCGGAUGCAGCCGUUCGGUCGGAUGGAAGUUCGGAAAUCAUCAUGGAGCUGCAGGAUCGAAGUGCAACAGAUGUCGAAGAUCGGGAACACCACGGGGAGGGUGAUGAAGAAACUCCGCUUCAAAGUCUGAAUGAUCUCAACAUUCCGAACGAGCGCUCUUCCGUGACUCCCAAGGAACGUCUAUCUCCACCAAGCAAGGAGGUGCAAGAAUCGGACGAUGAACGAUCUACAACGGUCAGUUCUGCCUACUCAUCUCUAAACCGUGAGAAAACCCCGCUCGUAGGUGUGAGAUCCAACAAGUCUGGCGUGGAGAUGCUGAGAACAGGUGAUCAACUGGUUAAGAGUGCUACUUGUCUGAUGACUACAUCGAGUACCAGUACAGCGACCCUAACCAAUGUCAGUCCCUCGGAUGUUGAAUGUUGCUCACCGCCAGAAUUAGGCAUCCGAAGUCCCUUGGCAAGGCGCAACACCGGCACCUCCAUACGGACGCGGAACGCCAAGGAAAGCAAGGAGAAACGCAACCUUCAGAAACUGUUGGCAGGUUCGGACUACUCUCUCGGGGCACCCUCCGAACAGGACAUGGAGCUGGACUACUAUGACUACAAUGUGAUUAAUGCGGGUGCAGCUCCUGGUUCAUAUCUCGGGAUGGAUCCAGCAUUUCUCGUGUGGAUACCACCGCUAGACGAUGGUUCGGACGAGGACGCGAAACAUCCCCCGGCAGCCCACGUUUCCGACGACGAUGACGAGCUGACUGAACUUGCGAAUCGUACAGCUCGCGACGAUCGGAUGGGUGUCGUCGAUUCGCGCUGUGAUAGUAUUACGCCGAGCGAAGAACUCAUCCGGCAGCUGGCAGAGCAGAAGCGAAACGAUUACGUGAUCGUAUCGAACAGCAUCUCCAAGAGUGACAUCUGUUCCGAAAGUGACGGUGCAUCGACGGACGGGAAGGUGCCGUUGGAACGGCGAAGAAGAAAAUUGCACGAGUUGAUACUGGUGCGCCGGAAUGGUGGCAAUAGUGGCAAUAGCGGGCGCAGUGGUGAUCCCGGUGAUACCGGAUCCGGCACGUCCGUACGCAAAAGCUCCUCGGACGAAUCAACGGAGGAAAGGGAGAAGGAAACGUCCUUCACGAAGUCACCGGUAGACAACAAACAGAUCAGUGAUUUCUACGAAAUGGCCGAUAUCGCGUUUGCGGAUGAUGAGGCCGAUGAAGAGGAGGAGGAGGAGGAGGAGGAGGAGGAAGACAAUGAAGGCGAAGUUCCGACGGGAGGCUUUUGUGUAGAUCGUCCAAAGGGAGGAACGAUUCUGCUGUCAGCGGCAGGUAGUGUGAAACAGGAGCCAAACAGAUUAGGGAACGAAUCGAACAAGUAUAAACAUGCAGUGGCCGACGCACUGCACCGAGAGGGCGAUAAGAUGAUUCAGUAGCAGUAAUCAGCACCAAUGUUGAACAUGCGUACGGAUUGAGACGCGUUCACGUUAGCUCCUCAUGUACAGGACGACCAAAAUCCCAUUCAAUUACACACAUAUAAACACACCGGAAUUACAAAAGUACAACCUGUAUCCCACAGUCAUAUCGAUCGGAAUUGACGAUAGUAAAAGAUCACACAAGAUCACAAAGCUAUAGAAGAAAACUUAAACCUGCCCAACACAUUUCAUCCAUUCUAGUCAAGCAGGUUUGCUAUCCAACAUGGACACAACUCAUAUGUAUAUCUGUAUAGUGAUAAAACCGAGACAUCCUGUAGUUUUGUGGCAGCAGUUUGAAUCCGACCUCAAUUCCCCCAAUCCCUCAAGCUUUGGACGCAUCCAACCCUUUUACCUUCAAUUGCUGUUAGUAUUCCCCGUAAAUCGAUCCCCCAAAAUCGUGUAGUGACACUGUGUACUGAGAGACUGAUCAAGGUGUAUAUAAGUAGGGUUUAGUAACGAUAUACGGAUCUGUUUCGACUAAUCGAACCAUCUUGUAGUGGCUGUUUGAUGGCUUUACACGUUGACGAGGGCCCUUUCCCCAGUACCAUAGAGAUUAGCUUUAGUGCAUUUUAGCAAUGCAAUCGAACGUUCUAUAUACUGGUUCGAAACGAAACGUGAAACGAGCGAUAGAGAGAACUUAUUUAAUCACAAAAUUUGAAAAGAUUUCGAACUUUUCCGCAAACCUAAAAGCUUACUUUCGAUGCGCUUAAUUCGACUCUAUAUAUACGCUCUAGGAUAAAAAUAUACGUAUAUGUAUGGAUGUAGGUGUAUCUAUAUUGCCUCUUUUCCGUUGCUUUUUGGUAUCAUGAUAGUGCAUUAUUAUUAGCUUAGUAUUUGCCAGUUUUGCGCGGAGGGGAAAAGGGCGCAUGUUUCGUUUGGCAAAGAAUAAAUGAAACAAGCAAACAAGGAAAAUCAACAAAACUUUGGGAAUCAAUCAAAAACCUAAACUAUAUGGUCUAUGUGCAAAAAGGAAAACCAAAACACUAGCAAAAAGAAAUCACGUUGCGUUAUUCGUUAUCAAUGUAAGGGAAAAUUUCUCGUUUGGCAUUUUUUUGUAACGAUACAAGAGUAAUAAAGAGGAAGAGGCAUACAA